AAAAUUCUAGUCGUCCUCCCUCAUCAAUACCCCCCCUUUCCUUUUAGUUCUUUCUCUCUUUCUCUUUCUCUCUUUUCUUUCACUUUACUUGAUCAACUUAAUUGGAUGGAUUCGAGAGAUCUUCAUCGGAGGCUAGUUGACCUCAUUGAACAACCUAUUAGUCCACAACUACUUUCUUACGUUUCUCAUCGAGCUUCUCUUGUCAUUGCCAGUCCACCCUUGAACCAUGACGACCAUAGCAUUGUACCAUCUAUUCAACAUUUUGUACCUCUUCUUGUUCAACGUUCAUGUGUGUCCUCAGGCACAUUGAUCGGUUCACUUGUUUAUCUUGAUCGUCUUCAGCGCAGAGUAGCUACAGUUCCUAGCAGCUCCCCCUGUUCUUGUCAGCGGAUAUUCCUUGCCACUCUUAUCGUCACGACAAAAGUGUUACAUGAUACAUCUCCCAAGAACAGGUAUUGGGCCCGAUACACUUCUUUAUUCCCUUUGGAAGAAGUCAAUAUCAUGGAACGCCAGUUCUUGUCACUCAUGGACUUUCAACUUUCGAUUACUCUUGAUGAUCUCUUUCAUGUCCUUUAUGCCUUUGAGGCUUCCUUGAUGCCUAUAUUAUCAACAUCUCAUCCAUUCUCUUCGAGCCACGCAAUACCAUCUUUACACCAUUCGUCAGGCGUGUCUUGGGAAGAUGAUUCUUACAGAGUGAUCGGUCAGAAGCAAAAGCCAUUUGUACUUUU